AUGACUGAGCAGGUUCGAUUUAAAGUGGUCAACGAGGGAAUGCAGCAUCGUUUUGCGCUAGACAACAAUGAAGGUAUUUUUUCAUCGUUAAAACGACGGCUUGGACAGCACGGGUUUUCGAGCUCCACUGACCGCCUCUACUGGAUCGAUUCUGAUGACGAUAUCAUACUUCUUGAAGACGAGGACUCUGUAAACGAAGCCAUUGAUGCGCAUAACGGGAAGACUAUUCAUCUUUUUAUUGGACCAAAACAAAACCCUGGUGUUUUUCGAGAAAAUACUCGACAGGGUAGGAGAAAGUCACGCAAACGCGCACGGUCUAGGUCCUCGUCCUCUUCCUCCUCGUCGUCCUCAUCUUCGUCUUCUUCGUCUUCAUCAUCAUCAUCAUCGUCCUCAUCGGUGUCGCUCGCGUCAAAAGGUGGCAAGAAAAAACGUUACGGGAAGUUGUCUAAGAAGCAAGCGAAAAAACUGGAAAAGAAGCAACGGAAGAAGCUUAAGAAACGAUUUGGCUCGAUGAAGGUUCGUAGUCGCGGACCACAAAUUGGUGUGCGCAGAAGUUAUAGCUGCCCACCAACAGGCCGUUCCCGUGAUGAUUUUCAUUUUCCAAACAUGCCACCGUGGUGGAACUUCGGUAAGAAGCAGGACAAGAAGAACAAGUGGUUCCGUCAUCACUAUGACCCUUGGAUGGGAAGAUGCAGAAUGGGUGACCCACGCUUCGGGUUUUUCAGAGGCCCUCCGCCAUUUCCAUUCUCAGGACCGUGUGGUUUCGGAAAUUUCCGAGAUCCUUUUCAGUGUAAUAUGUUCGAUCCUGGUCGCCAACCACCUCCGCCUCCGCCAGGAUUUCCCAUGUUUCCCCCUCCCCCUCCCCCCCCUCCAGUUUUCCGACAUGGUCACCACCGUCAUCAUGGGCGAGAGGAACAUGCGUGGCCAUACCAUACGGACUUCUACGGCUGCUAUUAA